CAAAUAUUUAAUUUCAUUCGUGGUCACUAAGAUUAGUUCAAUAGUUCAAGUUUGGUCACUCUCCGUUAGUCUCCGUUAACUUUUGCUGAUGUGGCAGUCAACCUUCAUAGUUGACCGUUAAAUGAGUGACGUGGCUAUUAAAAAAUAAUAAAAAAAUUAAAUUUAUUCUAUAAGAAUUUCCACCUCAUUACACAUUCAUUAAAAAAUAAAUUAAAAAACCUAAUUUAUUCAAUAGUCCCGAGGCCACCCAGCAAAUCCUUCUGUCCUCCAUUACCCGCAAAUCAAUGCUCCUUUCUCCUUCACCACCCCCAAAUCAUUACCUCACUUUAUUCAACACUCUCCAGUCUCCUCCUCCACCACCGGCCCUAAUCCCUCUUCCACAGAACCACCGCAAUGGCCCCGGCUGCCCCUCUCAUUCCGGCGACCCUCCUCGCCAUCCUGUCCCUCUCCACCGCCUACCGCCCCUGGCCCAGCACCCACCCAAACGCCACCGACCUCGCCCUCGCCGGCUCCAAGAAAUUCGAAGGCUCGUCGGACUUCGUCCACCUCCGCUACCACAUGGGCCCGGUACUCACCAACAACAUCACCGUCCACAUCAUCUGGUACGGCACCUGGCAGAAGCCCCAGAAGAAAAUCAUCCGCGAGUUCAUCUCCUCCAUCUCCGCCUCCCCCGCCUCCGACCCCACGCGCCGCCGCUCCACCGUCGCCGGCUGGAAGACCGUACAGCUCCACACCGACCAGACCGGCUCCAACAUCUCCCGCUCCGUCUCCCUGGGGCAGGAAAAAAAAGACCGGUUCUACUCCCACGGGAAAUCCCUCACCAGGCUCUCGAUCCAGUCCGUAAUCUAGAGCGCCGUCACGGCGAAAUCCCGCUCCCAGAAGGACAUUGCGGCGCUCUGCAACUCCAUCCGCAAAUUCAUUCCCGCUCCCUUCAGGGACCUCCUCGCCGAACUCCACAACGACAGCAACCAGUUAGAAAGGGGAAGAAGGGAAAGGGGGCCAAUUAGUAUAAAUUAGGUUUUUUAUUUAUUUUUUAAUGAAUGUGUAAUGAGGUG